AUGGCGUCGUUUCUUGAGAAUACCUACAGUCUGCUCCACGUGGACAACACUGCCGACCAACCGACAGUGCAGGAGUUGAAGCUGCAGCUGGAAAAAGGCAACGAUGAGACCAAGUUGGAAACAAUGCGGACAAUUGUCUCCAUCAUGCUGAAUGGAGACCCCAUGCCGCAAAUCCUCAUGCACAUCAUUCGGUUUGUGAUGCCAUCGAAAAGCAAGCCAUUGAAGAAGCUGCUUUAUUUCUUCUAUGAGAUCUGCCCCAAGCACGAUGCUAGCGGCAAGCUUAAGCAGGAGAUGAUUCUAGUCUGCAAUGGCAUUCGCAACGAUCUUCAACACCCCAACGAAUACAUUCGAGGCAAUACCCUCCGAUUCCUCACCAAACUACGCGAACCAGAGCUUAUUGAACCCCUCCUUUCCUCCGCACGUUUGUGUCUGGAACACCGUCACGCUUAUGUCCGCAAAAAUGCAGUUUGGGCUGUGUCCUCUAUUUUCCUGCACUCCGAAUCCCUCAUCCCCGACGCGCCGGAGCUGCUUCAGACCUUCCUCGAGUCGGAGACCGACAGCACCUGCAAGCGCAAUGCAUUUGCAGCACUGAUGUCUAUUAGCCAUCAGAAGGCACUCGAGUAUCUGCGCACGACAUUCGACACGAUUCCCAACACAGAUGAGUUGCUGCAACUAGCAGAAUUGGAAUUCCUCCGGAAGGAUGCAGUACAGAACACUCAAAAUAAGUCGAAAUACUUAAAACUCAUGCUCGAGCUCCUCGAUGCCUCCACAAGCACCGUCGUUUACGAAGCCGCAACGUCUCUUACCGCCCUCACAAGCAACCCUGUUGCCGUCAAAGCCGCUGCGGGCAAGCUGAUUGAACUCGCGAUUCGGGAGGCUGAUAACAAUGUCAAGCUCAUUUGUUUGGAACGCGUGGACCAGCUCAGGAUUCGCAAUGAGGGUGUUUUGGAUGAUUUAACCAUGGAGGCUCUGCGGGUUCUUAGCAGCCCUGACAUUGAUGUCCGGAGAAAGGCUCUCAACCUUGCUAUGGAGAUGGUUUCAAGCAAGAAUGUGGAGGAGAUCAUCAUGCUGCUUAAGAAGGAGCUUGCAAAGACGGUCGACGGAAAUUAUGAUCAGAAUUGCGAGUAUCGCCAGGCGUUGGUGCAGUCAAUACACUCCUGCGCCAUCAAGUUCUCCGAGAUUGCUGCCAGCGUUGUUGAUCUCCUGAUGGAUUUCAUUGCCGAUUUCAAUAGCAACUCUGCCGUCGAAGUGAUUUCGUUCGUCAAAGAGGUUGUGGAGAAGUUCCCUGACCUGCGUGGGUCGAUCGUUGCCCGCUUGGUUUCGACUUUAAGCGAGGUUCGGGCUGGUAAGGUCUAUCGCGGAGUUCUUUGGGUUGUUGGUGAAUACUCCCUGGAGGAGAAGGAUAUUCGGGAUGCUUGGAAGACGAUCAGAGCCAGCCUGGGUGAGAUUCCCAUCUUGGCAUCCGAACAACGGCUUCUGGAUGAGGUCCCGGAUGACAACGCCUUGCUUAUGGAGCAGGCCAACGGCCAAUCCAAGGCCGCGCCCACUGGAUCGCGAAAGGUGCUUGCAGAUGGUACCUACGCCACCGAAAGUGCUCUCACCAGCCAGUCCGCGGCAGCCGCUCGCCUGGAGGCCGUCAAAGCUGCGCAAAAGCCUCCCCUGCGCCAGCUGAUCCUGGACGGCGACUACUACCUGGCAACCGUGCUCUCUUCGACUUUGACCAAGUUGGUUAUGCGCCAUUCCGAGGUUUCUCAAGAUACAGCCCGCACCAAUGCUCUCCGCGCCGAGGCUAUGCUUAUCAUGAUCUCCAUCAUGCGUGUUGGCCAAUCUCACUUCGUCAAGGCCCCUAUUGAUGAGGACUCAGUCGAUCGUAUCUUGACCUGUCUGCGCUCGCUCGCCGAAUUCUCCGAGAAGAAGGAGCUCGAGGCUACUUUCUUGCAGGACACGCGGAAGGCAUUCCGCGCCAUGGUGCAGGUUGAAGAUAAGAAGAGAGCUGCCAAGGAGGCAGUGGAGAAGGCGAAGACUGCCGUGCAGAUUGACGACGCCAUCCCCAUUCGCCAAUUCACCAAGAAGAACGCUGUCGAGGGCGGCGAAGAGAUCGAAAUGGACCUUGUCAAGGCUACCGGCGGUGAUUCGACUGUGGAGGAUGUAUCUUCAAAACUCAGCCGGGUGGUGCAACUGACCGGUUUCUCCGACCCGGUCUACGCCGAAGCCUAUGUCACUGUCCACCAAUUCGAUAUUAUUCUUGAUGUAUUGUUGGUUAACCAAACCACGGAGACUCUGCAGAAUCUGUCUGUGGAGUUCGCAACCCUCGGUGACCUCAAGGUCGUUGAGCGACCAUCCACCAACAACCUCGGCCCGCGUGACUUCCUGAACGUGCAGGCUACAGUCAAGGUUUCAUCGACCGACACCGGCGUUAUCUUUGGUAACAUUGUGUACGAUGGCGCCAGCUCUACCGAGACUCACGUCGUCAUCCUCAACGACAUCCAUGCCGACAUCAUGGACUAUAUCCAGCCUGCUCACUGCACCGAAACUCAGUUCCGGACCAUGUGGACUGAGUUCGAAUGGGAGAACAAGGUCAACAUCAACUCCAAGGCCAAGACUCUGCGUGACUUCCUUAAGCAGCUGAUGGAUAGCACCAAUAUGGCCUGCCUGACGCCUGAGGCUUCUCUCCAGGGCGAUUGCCGCUUCCUGAGCGCGAACCUCUAUGCUCGCAGUGUAUUUGGCGAGGAUGCCUUGGCAAACCUGAGUAUCGAGAAGGAAGGAGACGAUGGGCCGAUUACAGGAUUUGUGCGCAUAAGAAGUCGCUCACAGGGUCUAGCACUGAGCUUGGGCUCUCUGAAGGGCCUCAAGGCAGCGGCUGCAUAA